AUGGCAUACAACCGAUACGUCAACAUCUGUCAACCACUGCACUACAAGAGAGUGAUAAACAGGAGAGCUUGUGUCCAAAUGGCAUCCAGUGCCUGGAUUACUAGUAUUGUCUACUCUGCACUGCACACUGGGAACACCUUCAGGUUACCAUUCUGCCAGUCCAGUGUCAUCAGCCAGUUAUUCUGUGAAAUCUCCCAGCUACUAAAGCUUGCCUGCUCUGACUCGUACCUCAGUGAAGUUGGGCUUCUUGCCUUUCUUGUGUUUUUAGGUUUAAACUGUUUUGUUUUUAUAAUUGUGUCUUAUGUUCAGAUCUUCCAAACUGUGCAGAGAAUACCAUCUGAGCCAGGCCAGCAUAAAGCCAUCUCCACCUGCCUCCCUCACCUCACUGUGAUCUCUUUGUUUCUUUGCACUGGCAUCUUUGAGUAUCUGAAACCCAUCUCCAGCUUAAUGUCAAAUAUGGAUCUCAUGAUGAGUGUUCUCUAUGCUCUGGUGCCUCCAAUGAUGAAUCCGAUCAUCUAUAGCAUGAGGAACAACAAGAUCAAAGCUGCAUUAAAAGAACUGAUUGUGUAG